AUGCAGAGAGGUAGCGCGAAAAACUGUAAUAAUCUUCUUUGGUAUGCUUGCACAGGAAGAUUUUUUUCCUUAUGGGGUAAAUCAAAGAACGGAUUAGUAACAACUGGGGAAAGAAAAGAGAAAGUGAAGGAAAAAAAACGAAUCAUCCUAACGGAUAAGAAAUAUUUCUUUCCUUGUGUUCAUAAAAAAAAGAAGAAAUAUAUAGAUAUGAACAAAAUAAAUGAUGCCAAUAAGUGUGUUAAGAUACUUAGACUUAUAACUGAACAUAAGUUACACAUAACAUAUUAUUCAGUUUUUUUUACUCUGUUUUCUAUAUUUUCUUAUUGCGUAGUAAAAUUACUAGUGAUGGUUUUAAAUGAACCCAUAGCUGUGAAAAUGGUAAAAGAGAAAGUUUUAAGUGAUAACAAAUUGAUUGAAGAAUAUGAAAAUGUAAUAUUUUCUCCAUUUUGGACUGGACAUAUAAAUGAUACAUAUGCAAGGAUAAUUAUCAAUAUCAAAAGUGGAAAAAACAAAGACAAAAGAGGAAAAAUUAUUAGUAAUCUUGUUAAGAAAAAUGAUGAUACUUGGCUCAUUAAAACAUUAACAUAUUAUACUGUUAAAAAAAAUGAAAAUUUACAAACAGAUGAUUUGAAAACAAUACGAUCGAAUCCCCAUCAAGGUCCCCUGUGUCCAGUAGAUCAUCGGUCUUUGUUCAACCGCAAGGAUAAAAGUUAG